AAUAUCCAAAAAACCUUUUACGAAAUAAAAUUUAGAGGAAAGGAGAAAAACUCCUCAGAAAAAUGCGAAACCGCCAUUAGACUAGAGAAGAGACUCGCAGGGUUUUAAGCUAUGUCGCACGCAGUUCAUCUCAUCGCUAAGAGCAUACCAGGUUAUAGACCAUCAGAUGGCAAAUGUCUCCCUUGUUUGGGAGUAUCAGGAAGAGUAGUUUCCUUAUCUACUUGUACCUUUCAGGGCAACAGUAUAAACCAUUCGCAGGUGAAAUAUGGAUCUCUGAAAUGUGCUUCUAGUGGGGGAUUAUUUGUGUGUAAAGCUAGGAGAAAUCCAGAUUUCUCGAGACCAAACAAAGGUGGAUACUCCAGAAACAGAAACUGGCAAAACGAAGAGAGGGACGGGGACAGCUUUGGGAACCUUGACGAAUCUGAGCUGUUAUCUUCAAGGAAUGGGCCAUUACUUGCCCUUUCCAAUAAUUCAAAGUCCCAAGCCACUACAGUCCCUGGACCUAGGGAGAAGGAGAUUGUUGAGCUAUUCAGGAAGGUCCAGGCACAGCUCCGGGAAAGAACUGCAGUAAAAGAAAAGAAGAAGAUUGAAGCCAUUCAAACACAAGGUAAAGAGAGUGAAACUGUGAACUCUCUUCUGAAGCUUCUGAGGAAACACUCGAGCGAGCAAGCUAAGAGAAAAGGCAGAAGUGGCAGCAGUGAAGAUUUUAAUUUGGAUCAGCCAGAACAAAGUGCAUUCAAUGAAGACAAAAGCAGAAGUUUCUUUAGUUCUACGAGCAAAAUUGAAAGUGAGGACCCAAAAUCCAAUGCCGCUUCUCCAACUAGGCCACGAUCGAUUUUUAGGCGCAAGUCUCCAGUCCCUCAAGUGAAAUACGAGCCCAUUUAUCCCAGUGAGGACACCCUCAAUUCUACAACACAAGCCAUGGAAAUAAAAAAGGAUCUCUUUGAGAUACAGCCUGAGCCUAUAUAUGACCCUGAAUCAGAGCCAGAACCGGAGAUAGAAACUGAGCCCGAGUCCAGGUCAGCUUUUCCAGGCGGGGAUGUGUUUGAUGAGUUAGCCGAGGAUGAGUUGGACGUUGCUGAUGGGGAUGAGGAUGAGGCUGGGGAGAAACAGGAUUGGAAAGAUUUGAGCGCUCUGAAAUUACCUGAACUUAGGGCACUGGCCAAAUCUCGCGGUAUAAAAGGGUAUUCAAAGAUGAAGAAAGGUGAUUUGUUGGAGCUGCUGGGCUGAAUCUCUGUCAGAUUACUGGUGCAGGAUAAGUUUUACGAGAGAGUUCAUUUAAUUAGAGACCACUUAUUGUUUUUGCAUAGUUCAUUUCCUUUAUUAUCUAUUUAGACUUAAUGUACUUGUUUAGGCUUCAAACCGUUGCAGAGACUCGACAAAUUUUGCCGUUUCGAGACACUAGCUGUUUGUUUGAUUGAGGAUCUGUUGUUUUCAUUAUUCAACAUGCUUCUGGAUUUGUGAUGUUUCUUUA